AUGUCUCGCCAAGGUACUGGACCCGGCAUGAUUGUCAUGGUCCCGGAUGACCCCUCAGACCAACUCACUCAGAUCAAUAAUAUCCCUUCUCCAUCACUGAAAUGGGCCGAAGAGGGUUACAAUGUGAUUGAGAUUCAGGAAUCGGCAAUUGAUCGAGGAUACGUCCUUAACCAAGCAAUGAAGACGUUUGAGCAGCAGGACAGGUGUACUACGGGUGCUGUCGGUCUUGUCGUGUACGGCUCUCAGCUUUGGAGAAAGGCAAAAUGCCUUGCUGGAUUUAACAGAAUUACCGCGGCAGCUGUCUAUGCGGAGGCUGCUGAUGUCGUUCAGCUGGGAUCAAAUCACAUUCCCACCGUUCAACACUUUGCAGGCCGGGCAGGCGUGCAGCUUCAGCGGAAAGUCUAUGCCAUGCAAUAUGAAUAUCCUGAGAUGAAUAGCUCGUCUUUUGCUCUCCCGGCUUCCUCAGCAUUUAACUAUGCAGAAGAAGGGGUCUCACAUACUCGAAACUUGGCCUUUCUCAAGAGACACAUGAAUGGCCCUUACUUUGAUCUAGAGGCCAUUUGGGAGGAACAUACCUACUAUGAAUUCGAAGAUCGGUCCGUCGAACAAACUAUGAACACCAUGGUACAAGAGCCUUAUGUGAACCAUAUACCAACGGAUCCCUGGAGUCCCACCGACUGGUCGCAAGCUUGA